AUGGCGCUGCCGCUGCUGCUGCUGCUGCCGCUGACCGUGGACGUCGCACUAAUCUGGUCGUCGGAUGCCAACUCGAGCGAGCAGCUCGCUACCAUGCUGGGCGAGCACUGCCGCGUUCCGCCCAUGCUCUCCGCGCACGACUCCGACGCGCUCGACCUCUCGCAAUGCUCAGCGCGGGAGGAAUAUCAUUCCGCCGUUUUCUCCUCCGCGAAUCGCCUUGCCCUGUCCGCGCUACAAGCGGGGUCGAAAACAGCCAACGGCGGCAGGCUGUGCGAGCACCUGGAGGAGAAGAAGCGUCUAGCCGCUCGGCAGCAAGCGUGGCAAUGGCCUUGGGCUUCCCGCGGGCGUGAGAGCGGUAAAGGAGGAUUAUCUCCCAGUGCUAGCGGUGCUGCGUCCGGCGGAAACGCGGCAUUGGCGGGAAUGCCGUCUUUCGCCUAUGUGACGUUGAUCACGGGGAAGAAUCUCGUCGCUUCCGCGAUCGUGUUCGCGCAGGCGUUGCGUGCGACUCGCACGCCGAACCACAUCGUGCUGAUGAUCGCCGAUGGCGGGGAAAUGACUACAGUGCCUCCUCAGCUACACGACUUUUUUGACGCGGUUAUACGAGUGGAGUGGAUUCCGAACCCGUUCAUUGCGAUCUCUUUCACGAAAUUCCACAUUUGGCGAAUGGUGGAGUUCGCGAAAGUGGUGUACAUGGACGUGGAUACCUUGCCGCUCGCGAAUGUGGACCACUUGUUCGAGCGGCCCGAGAUCACCGGAGCGCCUGGGUUCUUCCUGGUCAACCAAUUCAACGCGGGUAUCAUGGUCGUCAAGCCGUCACUGGCCACGUACGACGCGCUACUGCGCAGCAUCGACGUGAUUGGCUCCGUGGAUCGCGGCGACCAGGGCUUCUUAAACGCCUUCUUCACCAACUACCCCAACCAGACCGCGCCGCACCGCCUGGACUACCGUUAUAACGCCAUGCUGACUUUCCCCGACCAGCACCCCCCUCCCCCCUGGUACGACCCGGAAAACGCGCACGAGAUUAUCGGGCCCGUUAUGAUUCUCCACUACGGCGGUCCGUGGGGGAAACCGGCGGGGUUCGGGAAGAUUAAACCCGUGUCUGGGCCGAACGCGUGCACGCACCAGUGCUGGGAGAAGGGGCGGCAGCCGGUUACCAGGUGGCUGGCGAUGUGGUACGAGCUGUCGCAGGCGCUGUUCGCGAAUUGCUGGCGCCCGCUGGAAAGGGGGAAAGUGGAGGCGUUGCUGGUUAACGGGUUGCCCAAUAAGGGGGAUUACGAGUGGGUGCGCGUGGCGGGGCGCUCGAGGGGUCUGCUGGGGGAGGAGGCGCAGAUGCAGAACGCGCAGGGGGGACGGGAACGGGACAGUGCUGCGAGGAGGGCGACGGAGAUGGUGUUUGCGACGGUGGUGGGUCCUGCGAAUGUGGAGCAUGCAUACGCGUGGGCGAUGUCGUAUGAUAAGUAUCACGACCCUACCCAGCUGCAGCAGCAGCUGCAGGGACAGCGCCGGCAGAACAGGAACACAGGAGGAGACAGUCAGGCGUCGGAUACGUUGGAUGAUCCACUCCUGCUCACGCGGCAUGACACGCUUGUCCUGGCGCUCUCAUCUGUUCCCGAACCAGCGCUCGCGAAUCUUCGCCGGUUGUUCACGCACGUUCGAGUGGUGGAGCCGAUUUCGGUGUGGGAAGGCAGGGGGAGGAGGGAGCUUCCAGAGGAGUUUGUCGCUUUGCAUCUUUGGAACCAGACGGAUUUUCGGAGGGUUGUUUAUGUCGACCCGCUCUCGCUCUUCAAGGAUAACUGUAACCACAUGUUCAGCGAGUUUCGCCCGUUCGCUGCCCCGCCGCUCCGCUUCCCGCCAGACAUGUUCUCAACCAGAGUGAUGCUGAUUCAACCGCACUCCACCACUUUCCGUCACAUGGUUUCGGCGAUCGAGCUGGCCCCAUUGCGCCCGCAGCAGACAGUGUAUCUGGACCUCUUUCUAAACGCGUAUUAUGGGACCUGGUACAGGGAGAACACUCUGCACCGCAUGCCGUAUGAAUACGGGCUUAAUUUGUGGUUACGGCAGAGGCUGCACCAGUACUACCCGCACCCUCGGAUUGUGAACUUUGACGGGCGGUCCCCGUUGGAGACAGAGGAUCUGGACAGCUGGAAAGACUUUGAUAAACGGAGGGGGAACAUGGGUCAGGAGUGGCUGGAUCUGCGCAAUGCUGCUCUUACUCAGCUGGAGAAAUGA